AUGAAUACAUUCAUUGAUUCUAUAGGUUUGAAAAGGCUUGUAAUUUCCUAGCUUUAUUUAAAUCGUUUUUUAUAUUACAAUAGGGUAAUUAUUAAGCCGAAAUCAACUACGAAACUUCUCUUUGACAGCUAUAAACUAUUUAGACUCGUAAACUAUAACUUAUUUUACUGGUUGAAGCUCUUUUUACCUCCUAGUGUAUUGCUUUUUUAUAGAAUCAAGUACAGAGAUUUAGCAACAUUUCUUGCUGCAAUUUAAUAACACUUAAACAAACUCAAUGACCUUCAACUGAAGACAUGAAAGAAUAUAUAUCUUCUAAAAGUACCUAGUGAAGAGUGUGAACUACAGCUCAGCAGCUUAACUGAAAUGUGGCAAAUCAUUUAGAAGUUAUGAGCCAAAAAAUCUAAAAAUCUUGGUUUCAACAUUAAAACUUUAAACGUGAAGUAUAGACAGAAUUCAACUGUGCGUAUUUGUAAGCUCGUGGUUAAUUAAAUUACAAGUUUACCAUUUGGCCUUACAAUUGUGUUUCAAUUGCAUUUGCUGAUAUUUCAAAAUAUAUUGUUUCCAUGCACUAUGGCAUAAAAAAAUCGGCAUAGAUUCUAUUGUUUACUACAAAAAGUCUAGCCUCAUAUCUAUUUUUCACGCCCAAAUUCUUGAGCCUUGCUUACCGUAUUCAUACAAUGAUUUACUCCAUACAGAAUUCAGCUGCAAAAUAACAACCUAUUUCUUUUUAAUUUGCUAUAUUUAGAUCUUUUCAUAUAUAUUUGACAUGGAAUCUUCAAUUUUCAAACUAUAAUCAAAUCUAUAAACUUUGAAAUAUUUGAUUCCUUUUUUAUCUGUUUCUACUGUUUUAGCAUUCAAUAUUAAACUUGAGUCAGAAACUGAUGAUUCUUUACCUAGUUUAGAACAAGAAACUACAGAACCUGCAUUUGAUUUAUAUCCUACUGAAACAGAAGAUUCUUAUCCAACUGAAUCUCUUGGAAAUUCACCUUAUAAUCAUGUUGGCGCCGGUGGAUAUAAAAAUGAAACUGCAGUAGGUGGUACUGGUGGUUCAAAUAAUACUGUUGGAGGUGGUGGUGGUUAUAAAAAUUCAACUACUGGUGGUGCAGGUGGAUACACAAAUGGUACAGCAAUUGGUGAUGGCUCCACUAGUAAAAAUUCAACUGCUGGAGGUGCUGGUGGCUAUAAAAAUGGAACUGCUAUUGGUGGAGGAUCAUCAGGUAAAAAUUCAACAAGCUCUAAAGGAGGUGCUGCUGGUGGAUUAGCUGAUGGUUCAAAAACAAUUGAUUCAAAUUCAAAAUCUGAUUCAAAUUCAUCUAUUAAAUCAAAUUCAGAUUCUAAGUCAAGUUCUUCAAGUGAUGAUUCAAGUUCUACUUCAUCUGGUGGUUCUGGUGAUUCCGAAUCAUCAUCAGAUUCAUCUUCAAGAGGUACUGCUGCUUUAGUUGGUUGUGGUUCAUUAAUUUAUCUUGCUGCUAUUGCUUUAUUAUAG